AUGGAAGAGCACGCGCAUGAGAGCUGCAACAUUGUCUACUUUUGCGCCAGUGGGAAGGAGGAUGUCUACGAGCUAUAUCAUAAGCGGAGUCCGCCCGAUGUCCCGCCAGAAGGUGACGAAGGGGCGGAAACGCUGCAGCAGGCAUAUCACAAUGUGCGCGCGCUGCUAGACGAGGAUCAGGGCGGCUUUGACGAAGUGUUUCUAUGUUCUUCGAUCAAGCAGUGCUCGGAGCGACUCGAAAUCUAUGCGAAUAGCUCACCGACUGUUGUGCUGAUCGAGUUGCACUCUUCUCCGAGCGCACAAGACGAAUCCAAUCUGACCCUGGACAAGCAAUCCAGCUCAUAUGCUUUACUCACCACUUUGGGAACAGACAUCCAAGGAGCGCGUUAUCAGCGACCAGUCCUACCAUUCAUACUCGUGAUUUCUGGAAGACCACCUCACGGUGAUGGAACCCUGGAGAGCAGCCUGACGGCAGAUCUUCUUAGUGCCGGCGCCAAAGAUGUGAUCCAGAGCCCGCUGCAGCAUGAAGAUAUCAACCACUUGAUAGGCCAUCUCAAGGAGAAAGUGCGCGCUCCUGUACGAUUGAUCGCGUCCCAGAUGGCGCACAACCUCGUGGAUAGCAUUCAUGAUUGCUCCGAGCCACGGAUCGCAGAGCAUCGUCCGGAUUUGAAUCUUCCACAGGAAAGAAAGACAGCCGUCGAAGAAACCGUUGGAAAGUGGCAUUUUCCAGCCUCGGACUUCAAUAUGGAUGAGCUCACCUACGCGGCCAUGUUCAUGCUCGAGCACCUGCUGCGGGCACCGGAGUUGGAGUUUUAUGCUCUGCCGAGAGAUAAGCUGAUGAGUUUUCUGCUGGCAACCAGGCGGCAGUACAAGCACGAACGGGAGGUCUACUACCACAACUGGAGGCAUGCCGUGGACGUCACUCAGUCAAUGUACUGUUUCCUGCUGGAUGUGCGGCUGUGCACACCUCAAAAUUCCGAUGAAGGGCCACAAAAGGAGCUCAAUGCCUUGGAGCGGAUGGUGACGCAUUUGGACGGCCUUAUACUGCUGGUUUCUGGGAUUGGCCAUGACGUUGGACAUCCAGGCGUCAACAAUGCUUUCCUCGUGGCGGCUAACCAUCCCUUGGCUCAGACAUACAACGACAAGUCUGUUCUCGAGAACUACCACUGCGCCGCAUAUUCACAGCUUCUUCGCCGGCAUUGGCCAGCCUUGCAUAAUAUCACCGGGUUCCGGUCAACAAUGAUCUCCACGAUCCUGGCGACGGACAUGCAGCGGCAUUUCGACUACAUGAAAAGUCUGAACGAAUUGAAGUCGAAGACAGAGAGCGCUGAUGCCGACGUUGAAAGCUGGAACGACAAGGACAAGGAGCACACGCGGGAGCUGAUCAUGGCCCUCUUGAUGAAAGCAGCGGACAUCUCCAACGUCGCACGACCAUUCGACGUCUCAUCAAGCUGGGCUAAGAUUCUGAUGAACGAGUUUGCUCGGCAAGGCGAGCUGGAGAACGAGCUCGAGAUUCCUACCUGUCUCUUUGGCGGACCUCCGGACACUGAAGACAUUCUGGCGGCAGCACAGAGUCAGAAAGGCUUCAUGAGCCUGUUCGGCUACCCACUUUUCCAAGGCAUUGCGGACAUCCUGCCCUGCAUCUCCUGCGCGGUCAAAGAGAUACAGAAGAACCAGGAGAUUUGGGACAAGAAGAUCGAGGAAGAGAAGGAGCGGCGAAAGCCCCGCGGCAACGAAGGCCACCUCACCUUCAGCUCUGUUACCAACAAGGAAGUUGAGGAGGCGAAUUCGCAUCACAAGUCCGAUCCUUCCGCCGUUCCGAACAGCGUGCCGCAGUCACCUUUGAAAGACCUCAGUCGCGCUGCAACGCCCAACACGGAUACUUCUCCAUCGAAACACGGAGCGCAAGGUCUAAGGCAGCAGCUUGUGCAUGGCAUAGCACCAGAGGACGACCACAAACGGGCUUCCGCACCAUUCCUAGGCGCUAAUGGCCCACCUCUCUCACCUCAAGGCGGCGCCUCGCGGCGAUCCAGCAAGGACGUCGCUCUGGAUCAAAUGCAGCAACUGACGGCCUUUGCCCAUCAAAGUCUAAGUCCGACACCGAGCUCACGUAGAGGGUCUGCAGACGCAGGCCUCCAGAUACAACAGAGCUAUCCCAGCUCACGGCGAGGCAGCAAGGACGAAAGCUUGACGACGAUCUUGGUCACUAAGGGCGGCACACCUAACAGGCGCAGCUCGCCAUCUCUACCAUCAAGCAAGACGACCUCACCCAACAAACAGUUAGCAAAGCGCAACAGUAUCCAACAGACCCAGAAACAAGCCGCGCGCGCCUCAGUCCCCUCCGCCCGCUCCCAUGCCGCCAGCACCGGAACAGCAACAACCACCCAACCCUCCCUCUCCACGGACGCCUCGACCCAACCUUCCUCGGAAGAAGGCGACCGCGACCCAAAACCCCUCUCCCACCACGCCUCCAUCCCCUCAACCGAAGACCCCUUCAUGGUCCCAGGCACCUGGCCCAACAACCUUGACGGCCAACAUCGCGCUUCCCCGCCUGCAGGCGAGUUGCCGAAUACGCCGCCCACGCCGCCUUCGAUGGCCAUGUCGCGGACGACUUCGCCGAGGGAUUUUCUGAGGCAGUCGCCCAGUGCGGAUACGGAUGCGAGUCGGGGAACGCAGAGGAAGGUCGAUGGGAAAGGGGUGCGGGAGAGUCGCAGUCGAAGUCGUUUGAGGGGGUUGAAGUUUUGGAAGAGGAGGAAGGGGGGCAGUGAGGGGGAGGGGAAGGUUGAGGUUGAUGGGGCGUCGCCGUGA